AUGAAAAAGGAAUUUGAGAUGACUGAUAUGGGAAGCAUGAGAUAUUUUCUUGGUGUGGAAGUCAUACAGACUUCCAAUGGCAUUUUUAUUUGUCAAAGGAAAUAUGCUAACGAAGUACUGGAAAGGUUUGAUUUACAGAAUUGCUCAUCUGUGUGCAAGCUCACAAAGGAUGCUAGAGGGUUGAAGGUUGAUGCUACCGCAUAUAAGCAAAUAGUGGAAAGUCUUAUGUACUUAACUGCCACUAGGCCGGAUCUGAUGUAUGUUGUGAGUCUGGUGGCUCGUUUCGUGGAAGCUCCAACGACUAUGCAUCAACAAGCUGUGAAAAGGGUCUUGCGCUACUUAAGAGGAACCACUGAACUGGGGCUAUUUUACAAAAGAGAAUGA